GAAGGGCCUCCUGCUUCUUUGAAGUUCCUCAGCCAUUGCAGGAAUUGGUGCCUUGACAUAGUAAAUGAAGAAGUCAAUAUUGGAGCUGAUUGGGCAAUGGCACAAGAUCUAAUCUUAGAAAAGAGUGACAACGUGAGGCAACUGCGAAACCAAAGCUCUCGCCCACAUCAGAGGAUAUGGCUACUCCUCACAAGGUCCUGAAAAAAACAUGCUACACAAACAUGAUCUAAACGGAAAUGGCUUGAGAUUGCAAGAAAUGUCACUUGGGGGCCGAUUGCCUGAAUGCAGGAAGUAUCUUCAAAGAGUAACUACAAACGCUACAGCCGUCCAGACACGUAGAGUGCCCUCUGCCCUUUGGCUCAUUGAAACAGCAGGUAAUGUGUCCGGAAUGGAUGUCGAUGGCAAUGAACCGACCAAUGGCAGCCAGCUUCAUCAGGAUGAUCUACCGAGUGAUGGCAUCCACAGCGUCUUUAAACCCUUCAUCAUGGCGAUCUACCUGGUGACCUUUAUCCUUGGCGUCUUCGGUAAUGGCGUCGUCAUUUGGGCCACCGCUUUGAAGUUGAAGAGGACGGUCAACACCGUCUGGUUCCUUGGUCUGGCCGUCGCCGACUUUGCCUUCUCGCUCUUCCUCCCCUUCAGCACAGCGUACAUUGCCCUGGAUUUCCACUGGCCCUUUGGCACUGCCCUCUGCAAGUUGAGCAGUGGGAUCGCGAUUCUGACCAUGUUUGCCAGCAUUCUGACCCUCACUGCCAUCAGCGUGGAUCGCUGUGUGUUGGUGGUGCUGCCUGUCUGGUCCCAGAACCACCGGGAGCCACGUCUGGCUGCGCUGGCCAGCCUGGCCCUCUGGGGGGUCUCCGUUGUCUUGAGUGUCCCCAGCUUCAUCUUUCGGGACACUGCAGUCACCAAUAGCAGCACCGUGUGCUACACCAACUUUCUCACCGGGGCCGAGGAAGCGGCCUUUGAGAGCAUGGACGACGUGGACUAUGACAUAGUGGCAGCGGAAAUGGAAAGCCUCGAGGGGGCCAGGUUCCAAUCGCUGGCCCUUUCCCGCCUCCUCUUCGGCUUCCUCCUGCCCUUGCUCGUCAUCGGUGCCAGCUAUGCCACCCUCUCACUCCGACUGCGGAGGAGCCGCUUGGCACACAGCGGGAAGCCCUUCAAGGUCAUCAUCGCCAUCAUCCUGGCCUUCCUCCUGUGCUGGGCGCCCUACCACAUCUGCACCUUGAUGGAGCUCCAGUACCAGCGCAGCCACCCGCUCCCGCUGGCACUGAGGCUGGCCAUCCCCCUCAGCACCAGCCUGACAUCCUUCAACAGCUGCCUCAACCCAAUCCUCUACAUCUGCAUGGGCCACGAUUUCAGGCAAAGCUUCAGGAGGUCUUUGCAGAAGAUUCUGGAGAAUGCCUUUGUCGAAGACUCCAUGCAUUAUCAAACGUCCAGCCAAUCGAAAACCAAGCCUUUCUCCCUGGGAGAGGAGGGUAGCACUUUGGUUUAACCCUUAGAACAUCAGAACUUCAGGGAUAGGAGCAGGAGUAGGCCACUUGGCCUAUCGAGCCUGCUCCACCAUCCAGUACAAUCCUGGGAGAUCUUGGGCUUAAAUUCUAUUUCCCCACCUGCUCCCCAUAUUCCUUAAUUUCCCCUGGGAGACCAAAAUUCUGUCUACCCCAGCCUUAGAUAGAUUCAACAACGGGGCAUCCACAGCUCUCUGGGGGAGAGAAUUCCAAGGAUUCCCAAAUCUCUUCAUGAAGUAAUUUCUCCUCAUUCGAGUCUAAAACGAUCGGCCCCUUAUCCUGAGACUGUGUCUCCCCACCCCCCCACCAUGUUCUGGAGCCCCCGACCAACGGAAACAAUCGCUCUGCGUCCGCCCUGAGUGGUUAUAUAUUAGCGUCAACAAUCAUUGUGUCAAUUUUUCAUUAUGGUGAUUUUUUUUGCUUCUAUGAGUCUGAAAAUUCAUUGAUAGGAGCACAGGAACA